AUGGCCUUAAGGGCACAGGUGUAUUUGGUAGAUGCUGCUUUUCAAAUGCUGAUCAACUUACAGUCUCUUGAUAUUUAUAAGGUUACCUGUCGCUGGCAAUUUUUUGCUAUCUCUUCAGACUUGCAGAAGUCUGUCUCUCUUAAACCUUUAGGCAGUACUUUUAAGAAAGAAACUAAUCACAGCCAAGUGCCUAUGCUUUGUUCCAUUGGCUGCAGGUUUUAUGGAAACCCUCGUACAAAUGGCAUGCGUUCAGUAUGCUAUAAAGAACAUCUUCAAAAAGAGAAUAGUAGUAAUGGUAGUAGAAUAAGCCUACCUGCAGCCUCUGUCACUCGGUCUGAAUCUUCGCCCGUCCAGGGCACAGACAGCAGGGCCCGGGAGGCUCAGUUACCACUAGACUCCACGUCUGCAUCUGUGCAGCCAGGCCCUGUAUCGGAUCAGUCACUUGUAUCAGAAUCCGUUGCGUCUCCCCAAAUGGACAGUACAUCUGUGGACAAAGCAGUGCCUGAGACAGAAGACCUGCAAGCUUCAGUAUCAGAUACGUCACAGCAGCCAUCUGAAGAGCAAAGCAAGUCUCUUGAAAAACCAAAACAAAAAAAGAAUCACUGUUUCAUGUGCAGGAAGAAAGUGGGACUUACUGGGUUUGAAUGCCAGUGUGGAAAUGCUUACUGUGGUGUACACCAUUACUCCGAUGUACAAAAUUCCUUUUACAAUUACAAAGCUGAUGCUGCUGAGAAAAUCAAAAAAGAAAAUCCAGUAGUUGUUGAUGAAAAGAUCCAGAAGAUUUGAAUUCCUGCUGGAAUACAAAAUCCUUUGACCAUCUGCAAACUAAAAAUUGACUUUAGGGUUUGUUUGUUUGUUUUUCCUAGUCAUUGGGAAUGUAGAGCACUGGAUCUUGCAAAGACCUUUUAAUCAUGCAUAUCAUCAGAAGAAUAGAUUUUUGUUUUUAUUUUGAAAAUGACUCUGAACAUUUAUUUCCAUUGCAGUUUCUGUGGCUAAA